AUGCAACCUCCGGGGUUUACUUGUGCCGACAACCCGACUCAUAUAUGUAAGUUGCGCAAGGCAAUUUAUGUCCUGAAGCAAGCACCUCGGGCUUGGUACAAUGCACUCAAAGGACAUCUUUUGUACAUGGGAUCUGAAUCGGACCACUCUCUAUUCGUUAGGAUCAGCAACACUGGUUUCAUAUUCAUUCUGGUAUAUGUUGACGACAUCAACGUCACCGGCAGCAAUCUUAUCACUGUGAAUGAGGUUAUAGCUUCCCUUGCUUCUCGCUUCUCUAUUAAAGAUUUGGGAAACCUUCAUUACUUUCUUGGUGUUGAGGUGAUUCGCAGUUCAGACGACAUUAUUCUAUCUCAAGCAAAUUAUAUCAAUGAAAUUCUCAGUGCAGAAUUGAUGUCUGAUUGUAAAAGUGCUAAAACACCAAUUAGUAACUCCGACUUACUCAAACUCAAUGAUGGGGCUGACCUUACAGAUGCAACUCGCUAUCGCCGAGUCCUAGACAGACUUCAAUAUCUGUCCUUUAAUAGGCCAGACAUUUCCUAUGCGGUUAAUAAACUGUCCCAAUUUAUGCAAUCACCAUCAGACCUACAUUGGAAUGUUGUGAAACGUGUUCUCAGGUAUCUUCGUGGUACAAUCCAGUUUGGCCUCCGUGUAUCCCCAAAUUGUGACUUUAAUCUGCACAUGUAUUCUGAUGCCGACUGGGCUGAAGAUCUCACUGACAGAUCCUCCACAUCUGGCUAUAUUCUAUUUCUCGAUCGCAACCCCAUCAGUUGGUCUUCAAAAAAGCAUAAAAUUGUCCAUCGCUCAUCAACUGAAGCUGAAUAUAGAGUUGUUGCCAACGCUCUUGCUGAACUGUUAUGGGUGAAAAACCUAUUGCUUGAGAUGAAGCUUCCUAUCAAGGAUACUCCCACAAUCUACUGUGACAACAUUGGUGUCACUUACCUAAGCGAGAAUCCAGGCCUUCAUAGUCGCAUGAAGCAUGUUGAGGUGGACUUUCACUUUGUGCGCAACCAUGUUCAACAGAAGGGGGUUCAACAAGGCGCGAAUCUGGUGCCAAUUGGAACUACUCGCCCUUGUCCUGGAAAAUGGUGGGGUUCGAGUAGCAUAGAGAAAGCAUCUAACAACAAUUUAUCUUGA